AUAAACGAUGCUCAUUAUAGCUAUAAUCAGCUAGUUUUAGGUGAUGAAUCUGAAAUAGAAGGUGACUCAACACCAUUAGAGACAAGUGGUGUUUUCUACUACCUAACUCUUGAGUGGAUCAGCAUAGAUCAGAAAAGGCUUGACAUUGACCCUAGUAUCUUCAAAAGAACCGAUCGGCGUUUAUCGGGAAUUGUGAUAGAUUCUGGAACAGCUCUUACCUGGCUUGCCGAGGAUGCGUAUAAGCUAUUUCGAGAUGACGUUAAAAGGUUCUUGGAUCCAGUCUUGACACGGUAUUGGCAAGGCAAUGAUUUGUGCUAUAACGGGAAGGUUGGUAGAGAUCUUGUUGGGUUUCCUGCUGUAACAUUUCAUUUUGCUGGAGAUGUUGACUUGGUGUUGGAGAAGGAGAGCAUGUUUUAUCAGUUCUCAGCUUCACCAUAUCCAGAUGUGCUUUGCAUGGCUGUAAGACCUUCCACUGAAAAUGGUAUGGCUCACACGAAUUUCAGCAUAAUUGGCUUAAUGGCUCAGCAGUACUAUAAUAAUGUAGCUUAUGAUCUUGAUAACCGUAAAUUAUAUUUUCAGAAAAUUGACUGUGAACUUCUUGAUGAUUUUACCGACCCAUCUUGAUCAUAUUGUCCCGAAGGUCAAUAGUGAAUAAAGUAUCCACUUUCUUAGUCACA